AUGGGGAAACGCCUGCGAGUCCCCAAUUGCACCCACCUGGACAUGGACCGCGUUUUCGGUCAGGAGCAGCACUGCGGCGUCUGCGGGCGCUCGCCAUCCAUCGGGUUCCUGUACGAGUGCAGACAGGAUUGCGAACCCCAUCUUCUCCGCACACUACUAGCUAGGGAUCAGGAUAGCAUCGAGCCAGUGAAGUCUGCGUUGCGCCAGGAGUUGGAAAAGAUUGGGUUGGGUGAGAGUAUCAUUAUCACAGCGGAGAGCGGACAUUACACCGACAAGCAACUGAACAAGCUCAAGGGCCUGAAGCUUGAGCUGCAGCAGGUCAUCUCGGACACGCAACAAGCCGCUCAAGCCAGCGAUGUCGUCUCUAGACUCACCGCUGCCAUGGCUAAGGCGCCAUAUAGCACCGACGGGGCCUUCAACAGUAUGCCUGAUAUGAACGCAAAGCCCAUGGGAUGCAACGUAAGAGCCUGCCACACCUGUCGCCCGUACUAUCGAGAACGAAUGUACAUCCCCUUUCAAGCGGUACUCAACGCAGAGUUCCCGCCCAUGACACGAGAAGACAUGGAGGAGCUCCCAACCAAAUCUGCACACAUCAUGCGUACCAUCGGCACUCGAGUUCAGCCAUUGCCAUCCUCGACAACUCUAGGCACCUCUCCAUCGACAUUGCCCAACUCGAAUUCCUUCGCUACAUCUGCAGGCUCACCACUUACCGCCUCUUCCAACACAACCGAUUCAAGCGAAGCGACGUUCAAGACGACGCAAACUGACAUGGACGAGAUCUCCGCUCAGCGUCGCCCCCGCCGACGGUUCUACAAGAUGGGUCGUCGAUCGUCCGUGGACAUUGCCCGCUCCCUUUCUCGCGGAUCCAGUCUCCUCACACCUCAAGGUCUCAAAUCCGCCGUCCAGGGUAUCUUCCGCCCAAACCGAGAAUCCAGCUCCGAAGGCUCUAAUAUCACGCUCCCACUUCCAAGGACUGGCACAGUUCGCGAUAACACGGGUUCUCCGCCUGUAGGCGAGUUCGACCUCGGAGCUUUACGUCGCGUUCGGAAGCAGAAGGAGCGCAAUGAGGUCAAGAACGGAACGUAUACGGGUGGCUUCGAAAAUGUUACCGCACAAGCCACGGCGCCCAGUGACCCAGCGUCAGGAAACAACAGCAGCACCGACUCCGAGUUCUCGGUAUACUCAUUUACGACUGAAGAGGAAGAGAACGUCGUAGUAGAAGGCGUUGCUAUCACGGAAGAAGCAGCUGAGACGCACACACCCGAUCUUGUCGCUCUUAACGUCCCUGCUAUUCAUAAGCUGGAAGCGGUGAUCAAGACCGCAGAGGUCGCGACUACUGAGAUUGAAGAGGACGCGGAUAUUGGAUUACAAAGCAUCAUGACGCAGGUGUAA